GGAAAAAGAAAAUUGGAGUAAAAAUGGAAGAGUGAAUGAAAAAGUAGGAAGAAAGGGAAAAUUAACUCCCAAGAGAACAUGCUCCAAGACUAAUGGUUAACAGGUGGAAACUUUCAACUUACGUUGAAUUGUUUCCACUUCGGGACUGUUCUCAGAUUUGUUUUAAAGGCCUUCUAUCCCAGAACUUUAAAACUUGGGGUCCUGAUCUAAUGCUAUCGAAAAAUCUUGUCAUGUUUCAAUUCAGGCAUUAUAUGGAAUCAUUUUGAUUUCCCUGAGUUUUUUUUACUUAAUUUGAUAUCACUAUUGCUUUUUCCGAGUCUUUCUUGUUAAUUCAGUACCUUUUGUCCAGUGCUGGGGAACUGAUACCUAAAUUCGAUUAUUAUCUGAUAGAUGUAUGACAACAAGAAGAGACUUUCCUAAUGGCACACUUUGGAGAACAGCAGUUGAAACAUUCAAUAAAUUUAUGGUUGAUGAUCUUAGCAAGGUGACCAAAAGCUCAACAACAGAUAUAGCUAAUAUAAGAUCUGCAAAAGUACGCACUUGGAAAGCAGUUGCUGAUAUUUAUGAAAUAUUUCUUGCGGCAUAUUGUGGUCGUGCUCUGCCUUCAAAUGCACUUUCUGUGUUGGCCCUGAAAGCUGGUGAGUUUCUUGAAAUGAAUAUCUUGGAUAUCCUGGGAGACAAGAUUCUCAAUUCCCAGACUGAUGCACCCGCUGAUAUACUGCAGCGAUUAAUCUCCACCUUAGAUAUAUGUGCUUCAAGGACUUGCUCCUUGCCUCUUGAGACUGUUGAACUUAUCCCUCCACAUUGCAUUAAAUUUUCAUUGACCUGCUUGCAGAAGUUGUUUUUGUUGAGCAGGCACAUGUGAAACUGCUUUUGAUAAAUAAUGCCGGGCCAAUAUUAAUGGUUACGGAUUUGAUGAUCUCUUAUUUUCAGGCAGAGAACAAGCGAUCAAAAUUCAACCAGUUCCGAAGUUAGCAAAAUCUCAAUUGGAACAUUGUUGAUCAGAUGUGAAUAUAUACUAGAUAAAUUUUUGAAGGAUGAGAAUGAACUAGGGGAUUGUCCACUGCCUGCAGCAAGA